AUGGAUGUCUCACAAUUGACUGCUUGGACUCCAACCACCACAGCAACUUCAACUACAUUAUCCUCAAUUGCUACAACUCAUGCUUCACAAUUAGAAUCAAUUAUAACCGGUGCUUUUCAUACAGUUUCAAAAUUAGGUACAACUGCAAAAAGACCAGAUUAUAUCGACAUUUCAAGACUGAUAAGAGGUGCUCAAGCUUCAUUGACUAUUAUAUCAGCAGAACAAGUAUUGGCAACUGCUACAGCAGAUUCUGUAAAAGCUCAAGCAACACAAAUAAUAUGGGAUGCAACUGAAAAUCUUAAUUCUUUAUUCUGGGAAGAAAACAUUUAUUCAAUUCAUAGAUUAAGUAGAGUUGCAAAUAUUUUGUUUAUGGUUUUGUUUGUUAUUUUAAUGUUAUAUUUUGGUUUAAUGAGUAUAAAAUCAAGAUAUUGGUGGUUUAACGUUGCAUUAACUUGUGGUGCAAUUUUAGAAUUUUUAGGUUAUUUGGGUAGAGUUUUAAGUUUUGGUGAUAUGACAAAUUUUAAUUACUAUGUUUUACAAUUGGUUUGUUUGACUAUUGCCCCUGCGUUUCUAAUGGGUGGGAUCUAUUUCUUAUUUGGUCAAACUAUAGUUAUACAUGGUAGACAAUUUUCAUAUUUGAAACCAAUGUGGUAUUCAUACAUUUUCAUAGCUUGUGAUGUUGUCAGUUUAGUUAUUCAAGCUGCAGGUGGUGGUAUUUCCUCAGUUGCAUCGCAAAAUUUUGAAUCUACAACUGCUGGUACUGGUAUAAUGAUUGCUGGUAUUGCAUUCCAAGUUUUAAGUAUGUCUAUAUUUUUGAUAUUAUGGAGUAUUGCUUGGUGGAAAAUAUAUUUUAGUGGUAAUGAAAAUUUACCAAUCAAUGAAAAAUCACAACAAGAUUAUUAUAAACCAUCAACUUUAAAUUUUAUUAGAUUGAUACUUAAUGGUAAACGAGCACAUGCUUAUAAAGGUAAUGUAUUGGAACCAAAAUAUAAUCCUAAAUUUGAAUCCAUUAGAAAAAGAAAAUUAUUCAAUUAUUUUGCAUUAGCAACUACUGCUGCUGUUAUUGUCAUCUAUAUUAGAUGUGUUUAUAGAGUUGUUGAGUUAGCUCAAGGUUUUUCUGGUUAUUUAAUUACUCAUGAAGUUUUUGUUAUGACAUUAGAUGCUUCCAUGUGUGCAAUUUGUUGUUUAGUAUUUGUCCCAUUCCAUCCUCAAUUUGUGUUUGGUAGUAACAAUAUAAUUAAACUUAAAAAUAUCAAAGAUAAUGACGAUGAGCGAUUAAUCUACGAAAGUAAUCAAAACAAUAACAACAACUUCAAUAUAAAUAAUGGUACUUAUAAUAAUAAUGGAGAAUUCAAUAAUCAUAACAAUAAUUUUGACAACAGUUUCAGAGACACAACUUUGGAAAAAAAUGUUGAUAAUGAAAAUGAAAUUGACGAUGUUGCAUCAUCAAACGAAAGCCCAUUCAUAUCUAAGACUGAGCAACCGGUAGGUCAACCAAUAUAUAAUCAAGUAUCAAAUAAAGAAGUAAAGAAUGGAGAAAAUAAUAAAAAGUUUAAAUUCUUCAAAUAA